AUGUCUCACAUGUUAUUCUCUGCAUCCAAAGAAAAACUCGCAGAGAAGGAUCACCAUCAGAAUGCCGGUAAAAUCUCCAGUGAUGAGGACCUUCCAUAUGGCUCUGACGAGGUGGAAUACAAUGAUGAAAAAGGCGAAUUUGAUACUUAUGAUGAGGAGCAUGGCCAUGCCGCAGAGAAACGCACACGCUUCUAUCAGAGCAAGCGUUUCUGGAUCAAGUGCAUCACGAUCCUCGUUAUCAUCCUGGCUGUCUUCAUUCCUCUGCUCAUCUUCGUCAUCUUGCCAAAGUUGGUGCAAGCUAUCGUUAAUGGCUCAACUAUGUCGAUGAGCCAACUCAAUAUGACCGACGCCACUGAGACAGGGAUGAAGGUCUCAUUAAUCGGAGGGAUCGAUAAUGCUGGUAUCUUUCCUGCUACUAUCGAGUUUCCCGAGCCUAUUAUCGUCUCAUGGGAAGGCCAUCAGCUCGGUAGCAUGCAAAUGUCCAGCGUGAAGGCUUCAGGAGGCAAGGCUACAAUUAUCGACUCGACUUCGUUCUCUAUCAUUGAUAAGGAAGCCUUUUCUACUUUUGCAAAAGACAUGUUGACAAUCGAGACAUUUACCUGGGUGUUGACUUCAACAGUGCAAGUAAAAGCUAUUGGACGAACCAUCAAGGACAUCAGCCUCAAGAAAGAACUUAAAAUGCUCGGCAUGAAUGGCUUUGGCAAGGUCACGAUUGACAGUUUUACGAUGCCUGGAGACGCACCUAAUAACGCUGGUGCAUAUGUCCGUCUUGUCACGUCCAUGAACAAUCCCUCGCCCAUCGGCAUGACUCUCGGGACCAUGGUGCUCGAUCUCUUCUAUGAGGGCACCUAUCUCGGCCAGGUUACUGCUACCGACGCUGUCCUUAUCGGCAACUCACCUUCGCCCCUGACCUUGGAAGGUCUUCUUUUCUACCAGACCAACCAAACCGAUCUAGAUAAUGUCUCUACUCUCAUGUCGAACUUUUUGGCUGGCAAGGUCACUAUGACGAGCGCAAAGGGUGUGGCUGUCAAGCCUGAUGGGAUCAACUCGAUCUCCUGGCUCAGUAAUGGUCUCCUAUCUUUGACACUGAACGUACCAUUGCAGUCGCCCACACCCUUGAAUGUCAUCCGCGAUAUCAGCAUCAAAGAUAUGGGUAUGAUAUUCAAUGAAACUAGUCCUUACACUCCCACUGCCAGCUCCAACAUGGUUACUGCCGGCUUUAAGCUUCCUUUCAACAUUACCGUCGGUAUGCAGAGCGUCAGUAACUCUAUGUCUAUCCUGUAUAAGGGCAAGGUUCUAACUGAUAUUAAUGCUGCGGUUUGGAGUCAAGCCCAAUCAGAUGUUCCCGGUGGCCUGAUCGUAUUUAGCCUUCCUCCUUCACUCCUUGUUGUUAAGGACGAUGCUAAAGAAGAGUUCGAUCAGUUCAUCGCAGAUCUCACAGUCAAUGCCGAGCAGACGUUUAUGGUCACCGGUCUUGCCAGUGCGGUCUCAACCACGCCUGUAGGGACUGUUAAACUUUCUGGCAUUCCUUUCACUUCCAAUGUAACUAUGAAGGGCCUUAAUUUCAACUCGAUUGAUGCUGCUGUCACCAAUGUUGUUGUCAAUGGUGGCACUUCCGACCAUAUUACCAUGAACCAGAUGGUUGCACUGCCAAACCCAUCCACUCUCAGUGUAACAGGUGGCAGCGUGCUUCUGACUGUUUAUGAUAAAGUCACUGAUCAGUACCUUGGUGAGCUCUCUAUCCCUAAUCUGAAGGUCGUCCCCGGCCCCAACCCUACUCCAUCGCAGUUCUUUUUCCACCCUAAAAAUGAGACUCUCCGUGAUCAGUUCUUAAGCCAAUACUUGACAGGCGCCGUUUUCCCUCUCAAGGUUGUUGGAUCUAAGAAGGCUACUUCUAUUGUAGAGCUCAAGGCCGCCAUGUCUCUUGUCUCCAUCUCUUCCACAGCGCCUGGUCUCACGCCCCCUCGCCUCUUAGUUACCUCUGGAACUGCUAAUUCCAAUAUUGGGACUCUAUUGGGUAAUCGUCAGACUAUUACCAGCGUUAACAUGAUCAACCCCUUGAACACAGAGCUUUAUGUCACUGGACAAGUCACACAGAUCUCAUGGAAAGGCAACUUUUUUGGCACAAUCAAUGCCAAGUAUGAACAGGCCGUACCUCCCAAUGGUGCUGUCGACACACCUCCAUUGACGUUGCAGCAUCCCUCAGGACUGGAGUUUGGUUUCUUUCUGACCACGCAGUUUGUCCCUUCGUAUCCUUUGAUUGCUCUUGGGGGGGCUAUGGUUCCAUUUGACUUAGAUGUUAUGAUGAGUGUCCGCGUUGGCGGUCCUAACGGUUAUCCAGCGACUAUCCAUUACGUUCAGCAGCAAGAAAUUUUGACCAAGAUGAGCAUGUUUUGA